CAGUCUCAGGCGAGCGAGCAACCGCGGCUCACGUCCACAGGCCCAGCAACAGUAGGCCCCGCCCUCUCCAGAUCCACAGGCAGCCGCCGCCGCCGCGGAUAAAAGCGGCGCGCGCGCGCGCGCCCGUGAGGGAAGAGAGUUGGAACGCGCGUCAGCGCGCGAGCGGGCGAUGGCGGCGGCGUCGGCGUCCGUGGCGACCGUGGCCUCCCCAUCAUCCCCCGCAUCCAGGCGGCUGCUGCUCCCCCUCCCCUCCUCCGCCGCGCCGUCUCUCCUCCGGCUCCCUUCGAGGCCGGCCAGGCGGCUCCGGCGCGCCCGCGCCCUGCGGGUCGCCGCGGCGGGGGACGAGGCGGACGUGCUGCCUGGCCCGGGGGCCGAGGGGGAGGCGGCGGUGCCCGGGACCGGGAGGCUGGAGGAGCAGCGGGACGAGCCCCCGCUGGGGGGAAGCCAGCUCGACAUCGGAGGGCUCGCCUUCCAGGGCGACGUCGGCGGGGGAUUCACCGGCGGCGGGUCGGGCUCCGGGUCCGGGGCCUCCGGCGGUGGCGACGGCAACAAGAUGCUGGACCGGGGCAUCAACACGGCCAUCGUGCUCGGGGCCAGCACCUACGCGCUCACCAAGCUGCUCACCGUCGACCAGGACUACUGGCAUGGAUGGACGAUCUUCGAGAUCCUGCGAUAUAUGCCGGAGCACAACUGGUCCGCAUACGAGGAGGCCCUCAAAGCCAACCCGGUUCUAGCCAAGAUGAUGAUCAGUGGCGUCGUCUACUCCCUUGGUGACUGGAUUGCACAGUGCUACGAAGGCAAGCCAAUCUUUGAUUUCGACCGUGCUCGGAUGUUCCGGUCUGGCCUUGUUGGGUUCACGCUUCAUGGGUCACUUUCACAUUACUACUACCAUAUCUGUGAGGCACUGUUCCCAUUCAAGGACUGGUGGGUUGUCCCUGCAAAGGUUGCAUUCGAUCAGACCAUCUGGUCUGCAAUCUGGAACAGUAUCUACUUCGUGGUCUUGGGUUUCCUUCGGUUGGAAUCACCUACCACUAUCUACGGCGAGCUCAAGUCCACAUUCUGGCCCAUGCUUACCGCUGGAUGGAAGUUGUGGCCUUUUGCGCACUUAGUUACAUAUGGUGUGGUUCCUGUUGAGCAAAGACUUCUAUGGGUCGACUGUGUGGAACUUGUCUGGGUCACAAUAUUGUCGACUUACUCAAACGAAAAGUCAGAGGCAAGGAAUUCUGACAGUACCUCCACACCAGCUGCUUCAUCAAAGGACAACUCACGAUAGCAGCCCCAUAGACCUUGGAAAGCUGCUUGGCCCUUCAGGGGUUAUGUAAAUUGUACAAUUAGCUGCAGCAACUCUGCAGGUGUAACCCUUUUUUUUGUAGAUAUAUAUUCAUGAAACAUGAAUUGUGCAGCAUGUGUCAUAGAAUAUCAGGAAGAAAUAGCUUACUCUACAACUACAAUAGCUGAUGAAAUUAGAGUUUGUCGGUCUACUCCUAGCAAUAGAGUAGUAGCAAUCGUUGGCACGAGGUUCAUUUUUUUUAGUGGUUCUGCACACUGCACUCCUUUGCUGGCUUGCAGUGUCAGAAGAAAGUGCUAGGCCUUGUGCACACACCGAUUUGUGAUACUGGAUUUCUACAAAAGAAGCUAGACGGGCAUUGAGAUGGCAAACAA